GACAUACUGCCAAAUUCUCUAAAACAAUGCUGGAGGCGGCUUUUGGUAGAGAAAUUAACAUUCUAUGGCAACAGCUCGAGUGGACAUUCCUGCAGUCAGCAUGCCAAUUGCACGCUUCCUCAAAACUUGAGACAUCUAUGGCAUUGUGUUGUGUAACAAAACUGCACAUUUUAGAGUGGCCUGUUGCUGUCCCCAAUUUAAGAACUUUAGCAGUACAAAUAUGAAUGCUCAUAAAACAUGUCAAAAAAUAUAUUUUAAAAAACAACUGAUUUGGUGUAAUUACCAUGCUGUUUAAUCAGUUUCUUGAUAUGCCACACCUGUCAAGUGGAGGGAUUAUCUUGGCAAAGGAGAAAUGUUCACUAAAAGGAAUUUAAACAAAUGUGUGCACAGAAUUUGAGGGAAAUAAGCCUUUUGUGCAUUUCGAAAAAUUCUGGGAUAUUUUAUUUCAGCUCAUGAAACAUGGGACCAACACUUAAUAAUAUAUAUAAUAUAUGCCAUUUAGCAUUCGCUUUUAUCCAAAGCGACUUACAGUCAUGUGUGCAUACAUUCUACGUAUGGGUGAUCCCGGUAAUCGAACCCACUACCCUGGCGUUACAAGCGCCAUGCUCUACCAACUGAGCUACAGAAGGACUUGACAUGUUGCCUUUUUAUAUUUUUGUUCAGUAUAUUUAAAAAAGUUUUUGUCUUGUUUAUCUUCUAUAUUUUGGAGUACACCUAGACACACGUUGCCCAUCCUGUUAAUGAGGUGUGAAAAGCCCAGAUGUAACAAUCUCCUUUCAUUCCUUCAUUAGAGAGAUCACAUCAAACUGAUAAUUGUUGUCGUGCCCAUCUAAAGAGCCAUUUCCCACAAAAGAAAAUCUAAUUAUUUUUCAUUCUGUUACACAUUAUCCGUCUAUUUCACCUUAUUGGCACCUCCGUGACAACGAACGACGUCCUUCGGGUAAGUCACAUUUUAGCACUUGAGUUUUCUUUGAACUUUCGCUUCAGCUGUGAACUCAUAAACCACAGAGAGCUGAGUCCAUAUAAAACGGUUUCCCAAACCGCUUUUCAGAAUUUGCUCUCCACGGAGCUGCCCGAAUAGCCUAUCAUCAAGGUCACAGUAUGGAGAGCGUGUCUGAGGAUAUUGCUAACAUGGACUGUGACAUUGAAGUUGUUACCUCAAAAAUGCUUUCUGAAUGGGAUUGGAAGACGCAGGAAAGGGCUUUUGGGAACGGGCAUGAUUCUCUUGAAUCCACAUCACCAGAAUCAUCAUUCGAUUCAAUGUGCUCUUCGCCCGAGAUGUCCUCAAGCUCAACUGGGCAUCAGAGCUUCGGAAAUGUAUCCUAUGGUUUAACAGGACACAGCCCAACCCCGUGCGCAACGUUGAAACAAAUCAAACCGAAGAUGUCGACCAAGAGACGCAUGAAGGCGAGCGAGAGGGAGAAGAUGCGAAUGAGGAGCCUAGCAGAAGCUUUGCACCAGCUCCGCGACUACUUGCCUCCAGAUUACAGUAAAAGGGGACAACCUCUGACCAAAAUUCAAACUCUCAAAUACACCAUUGAGUAUAUAAAUGAACUUUCGGACAUCCUCAACCACGCGUAAUGAUGUGCUGAAAGAUGGCCACGUUUUAAAUGAUGCGUAACGGGGCCAAACUAUUUGGUAUUAGGUGUGGACCAUUGUCAAACCUUUUGUGUUUGGAAAACUAUUUUUGGAUUGUUAAUUGUGAUAACUUAAUUUCUCAUAUUGUAUUUAGAAUUGUUCUGCCCCUCAUCUGAUGUAAAUAAGUGUUAUUAUGUGGGGACUUGACUUGACCAUGUAAUUUUCUUGUAUGUGAAUAGGCCAUUCUUGUUUUACAUUAUUGACAUGGAUUAAACAAACCUUA